CCAGACAUGUGGACCUCAGCAGCGCUCCUGGCGGGCCUCGUGCUGACCGCGGCCUCGCUGCCCCGGGAGGCCGACCGCUACUUCCAGGCCUCCGAGGACUUCUUGAGGCGGCAGCUGCAGGUGAUGCAGAUGUUCCUGUGGCAGUACGACGCGCAGAUGUACGAGCCCUUCGCUGCCAUCCUCGAGUCGUACGACCUGAAGGACAACCUGGCGCACUUCAAGGAGGACCCCGAGCCGGCCAGGAGGCUGCUGGCUCUGUGCGAGGAGGGCUCGCUGUUCCCCGCCGACAAGGUGUUCACGCUGUUCGAGUCGCAGCCCUGGGUGGAGGCGCGCCUGCUGUUCGACGUGUUCCUCGGGGCCGCCGACCUGGACACCUUCAUCAAGACGGCGGUGUGGACCAGGCAGCGGGUGAACCGGGGGCUGUUCUACCACGUCUUCAGGACCGCCCUGGCGGCGCGCCCCGACUCCAGGGACUUCUACUGCCCGGCCGCCUACGAGACCUACCCGCAGGGCUUCCUGGACGAGCGAGUCAUCCAGAGGGCCGUCGACGCCAAGAUCAGAGCGCUGCAGACGGGUGACCUCCGGCGGGUGGUGGUCGCCGCCAACUGCAGCGGCCGCUGGGACGCCGGCCGCGACCCGGAGGGCGCGCUGUGCUACUUCAGGGAGGACGUGGGGCUGAACACGCUCAGCGCGGAGUUCCACCGCCAGCUGCCCGCUUGGCUCAACUCCUCGGAGCACGGCAGCGCGCUCCCCGACCGCAAGGGCGAGCUGUUCCUCCACUUCCACCGCCAGCUGCUGGCGCGCUACCACCUGGAGCGGCUCGGCAACAAUCUGGGGGAGACGCCCCACCUCCGGGAGGACAUGUCUCUGGUUGGAUACUACCCUCAUCUGAGGCACUCUACGGGCGAGCAGGUGACUCCGCGCCAGCCGUUCUCCAAGAUCCGUGACACCGAGAGACUUACACUGUCCGAGUACAAGGACUACGUCAAGAGGAUCCAGGAAGCCAUCAACGUGGGCUAUGUCAUUGCCGAAAAUGGAACGCAAGUUUCCCUGCAUGGUGAGAGGGGCUGGAACAUUCUCGGAGAGAUGUUGGCGUUUGUGGGAGAUAACAUCAACUACAAUUACUACGGCAGCAUUUACUACAAAGAGAUGUACCUGUUAGGAGCUGGAAAUGAAAAGAGAGCUCCAAGCGCCCUUCUGCACCCGGAGACGGCUCUAAGGGACCCUCUGUACUACCAGGGCCUCCGCACAUUCUUCAAGGAAUACUAUUACAAGUAUUUGGAAACUCUUCCAAAACACACGUUUGAUGAUGUUGCCUGCUCUGGACUGACCAUCGUCAAUGUGGACGUGGACAAACUGGUUACGUAUUUCGACAAUUUUGACAUCGACUUGUUCCACGUGACAGGAAAGGGCUUCAAGCUGGAAGAUAAUACGCUGGAGGUUUCGGCAAGACUGGAGCGGCUCAACCACCAGCCGUUCUCGUACAGAGUGGCUCUGACCAGCGACAAAGACACGGACGUGAUAGUGAAGGUCUACCUCACCCCCAAGUACGACAUUCACAGCCGCACGCUGCCAAUGAACAAGAGAAUAUUCUAUGCAUUUGAGAUCGACAGAUUUCCUGCUAAAGUGACUGCUGGAAAGAACAUAAUCCAGAGGAAAAGUCAAAACUCCACUGUGGCAGUUGGAGAUCCCCCAACUUUCAAGACAAUGUGGAAAAAGGUUCAAGACAGUUUGGCUGGCAAAGAUACCUUGGUUAUGGAUAAGUUCGCCCGGCCCUACGGCUUCCCCCAGCGCCUGCUGCUGCCCAAGGGCACGCGCGCCGGCCUGCCCGUGCAGCUGGUGGUGGCCGUGUUCCCCCGCCAGGAGGCCGACCCCACGGACCCCGCCGCCUACCACCUGGACUCCUUCCCGCUGCUGGGCGCCGGCUACGACGUCAAGUUCCCCGACCGCCGGCCCAUGUCCUUCCCCGCCGACCGCCUCUACCGCAGCGAGUACGACGCCCGGGUGCCCAACAUCUUCACCAAGGAGGUGCGCAUCUUCCACAAGAACAUCGACGAGAUCACGGCAGGGACGCGGUGAACUGAAGUCGCUGGACUCCCGGCAGCACACGGGCAACGGAAACAUCGAGCACCCGAAGACAUUAACUUUAUUUGUGCUCAGAAAAGAAUUAAAUGAUGCAUGAUGAUAAUAA